AGUGUCCAAAAUCCAACUCACUAUCCCACAAAGAAAAGGAGGAACACCAUCUUAGAAAUUUUUUCAUUUCUUCCCACUGAUUGCGACCUUCAACAAACUUCACCUUCUCCCUUCCUACCCCAAAAAAACCUCGAAUUCAGAAACCAAUAAAUAGCUCAAAGUUACUUGAAAUUUCCACAUUUUUUGUAGUUCAUAUCUCUACAAGAUGGAGGAGCAAUCAACCCUCCUGAAUCACAGACCCACCAACUAUUUACGAAACUAUUUAUCUUCAACUUUCUCUCAUUUUCUUCCAUUAAACCACCCUUGCAUCAAUGGCGGCUACUCUGAGCUUCGAAUUGAUGAUGAUUCCGAUGAUGGGUCAUCACCUGAUCAUGCUUACUGUAAACCCUUUGUUGUUCUUGAUGUAAUUUGGAAUUUGGGCUUUGUCUUCGUGUCUGCUUUUGUGUUACUUUGUACAAUUAGAGAGAAACCCUCUUGUCCUUUGAGGGUUUGGAUUGUUGGGUAUGCUUUACAAUGCCUUUUGCAUGUGGGGUUUGUUUAUUACGAGUUUCGCCGCCGGAAUCAUGGCAGUCUUGGUGGUGUUUCGUCGCCGGAAGGUCAUUCUCAAUCCCACAAUAGUAUUAUGAAGAGAUUGGAAUCAGUGAACACAGUAGCAUCAUCCUUUUGGUGGGUUUUUGGAUUUUACUGGAUCGUGUCCGGGGGCCAAACCCUUUUGCAAGAUUCUCCCCGUCUUUAUUGGUUAUCUGUAGUUUUCCUGGCACUUGAUGUGUUCUUUAUGAUAUUCUGCGUAGGAAUGGCCUGUAUAAUUUGCAUGGCUCUCUUUUGUUGUAUCCCAAUAGUGGCAAUUGCAUAUGCCAUGACAAUUAGAGAAGGAGCAUCUGAAGAUGAGAUCAAGCAACUUCCAAAGUAUAGGUUCCAUGAGUCAUAUGCAUCAGGGCUGUCUGCCUCUUUGGAACUGGUAAACAUGAAUGUCGCCGACAAACUAGCUUUGCAGUUGGAAGAUUCUGAAUGCUGCAUUUGCUUAUCACGGUACGUGGAAGGAGUAGAACUAUGCACUCUUCCAUGCAAUCACAAUUUUCAUCAUGGAUGCAUCAGCAGAUGGCUGAGGAUUAAUGCUACCUGUCCGCUUUGCAAAUUUAAUAUCAAGGCCAAAGGUGAUGAUGCAUUGGUCUGAUAAACAUAUGCUCUCUCUCUGAAGCUGUGAUUAAUUAGUUCAGUCAGUUAACUGUUCUCCUGUCUUAAGUGUUGAAGAUUGACAGCGACUAAGUGUUGCUGACUUCUCAGAGUUCUCACUGAUCUGUUUUGCAGCUACUAACAACAGAUCAUGUAGAAAGGCAAUUUGUAAUCUUAAAAACUGUUUUAACUAGUGUAAAUAGUCAAAUUUUAGUUCAGGCUUCUUUCUUUUGAAUAGCAUCAAUAAUUAAAUCUCGAGCAACCAAUCGUUGAGCUUAUGCUAAAGAUAUCGGCAUAGUACUGACUCUGUAUCAUGAUAUCAUCCAUCGAGUUGCUGUAUUCUCUGAAA